GAGAUCUCGGCGCCUAUAUAUAUCUCCCCCGCGCUUCCCGCAGCCUUUCCGCCGUGGCGCAGGCCGCAGUCGGUGCGAUCCGCCGCCAUCCGCCGCCAUGCCGCCCAAAUUCGAUCCCACCGAAGUGAAAGUCGUGUAUCUGCGCUGCACCGGAGGGGAGGUCGGAGCCACUUCCGCGUUGGCCCCGAAGAUCGGCCCGCUCGGCCUGUCUCCCAAGAAGGUCGGGGAUGACAUCGCCAAAGCCACCGGGGACUGGAAGGGGCUGAGGAUCACGGUGAAACUCACCAUCCAGAACAGGCAAGCGCAGAUUGAAGUGGUUCCUUCUGCCUCUGCUCUGAUUAUCAAAGCUCUGAAGGAGCCCCCCCGUGACAGAAAGAAGCAGAAAAACAUAAAGCACAAUGGCAGUAUCACCUUUGAUGAGGUAGUGAACAUCGCCCGGCAGAUGAGGCACAGAUCUCUGGCUCGAGAGCUGUCUGGGACAAUUAAGGAGAUCCUUGGAACUGCUCAGUCUGUGGGAUGCAGCAUUGAUGGCAGACACCCACACGAUAUCAUUGAUGACAUCAAUAGUGGUGCAAUUGAGUGCCCAGCUAGCUAAAUGGAAAAGUUGCCAUAUGAAGGUUCUUACAUCUUCUGUAGCACCUUAAAUACUUAAUAAAACACCAGGCUGUUAACAGUA